ACAGGGGAUCGUGCAUGGAACAGAGGAAUUCACAACUUCGACAGCCGGUGUUCUGACGCAAUAUUCUACAAGGAUGACUUUUACACCAUGGAUUCAAAGGGACUCAUCUGGGUUAUUCGCCAGAAAGCAGUGUGAUUGAAUGUGCGUCUCGUCGAGUUGGGGUCCGUCCUCCGUCCCCUAUACCUGCUAUUACUUGGUGGAGAUGGAGGGUGAUUUGUUAACAGUUGCGUCCAGUUUUCCCUAUGGUAGCUUUCUUUUUGUUUACAGAAUGGAUUGGGAGAAGAAAAAGUGGGUACGGGAAAAAAGCGUGGGUGAAAAUGCAUUCUUCGUGGGGUGUUUUUGUUCCUAUCCGGUUCCACCAACCCAAAUGGUGCAGGUCUUUGCUUUUUUCAAAAAAGCAGAGUACGCGAGUGAGUGCAUACUUUUCAUAUAUGAUGUUCCGGGCCAUAAUUACCGUAGGCUGGGUGCGUCCAUGGUGUCCACAGACGCUGAACCGGGUGCAGUGUGCUGGGAUUUCUUUUUGUUUUGAACAAACCGAAAUUAGUUACAUAUUUUAAGCAAUUGGGGAAAGGAAAAUUGAG